AUGCGGUCCCCGGGCUCCUCCUUCUCCUCCGGCAGCAACCCCUUUGCCGGCCCGGACAUGGCUCUCAUCCGCGACCUCAACAUCGCCGAUCGCGUCCCGUUCCUCCUUCACAGCCAUGUCGACGGCUCCGUGGACUCCAAGCUCAUGGUCAACGACGAGGAGUGGAUGAUCAUCGACGCCACCAUCAUUCGCUGGUUCUACCUCACCAUCUCCACCGACCUCUUCCACACGGUGGUGGCCGACGAGGACGACGCCCGCGCCGUCCGGCUCAAGCUCAACGGUCUCUUCACCGACAACAAGCUCCAGCGCAAGGUCCUCCUCCAUGGCGAGUUCUACGGGUGCCACCAGCUCGACUCCUCCAUCGACGACUACCGCAUGCGCCUCAAGAAGAUUGCGGACGAGCUUCGCGAUCUCGGCGAGCCCAUCGGCGACGAGCUCCUCAUCACCACCUUCACCGCCGGCCUGCACGAGGACUACGGCAACGCCGCCUCCAACCUCACCCUGCUCCCGGACCCCACCUUUCCCAAGGUCGUGGCGUACCUCAAGCUUGAGGAGCGUCGGGCUGCGGAUGGUGCGGUCCCGUGCGACGCACACCGCCCUCGUCACCGGCACCCGCGCCGGCCCCUGCGCCCCCGCUGCUCGCCCUCCGCCGCCCGGCUUUCCUCACCCGCCGGCCUACCAGCCGGUGCCGCCUCCACCGCAGCCGGCCCCACCCGCCAACAACAACAAUCGCCGCCGUGGGGGUCGUCGCGGCGGCCGCCAGCGAGCAGCAGCAGCCUCGGGCGCAGCAACCGCCCACGGGCGGCGCUGCCCGUCCGCAGCAGGUCUUCCAGCCGGCUCCUUGGUACGCCGGGCGAGAACCCCUGGACCGGCGUCGUGCAUGCCUACACCAUGCCGGUCCCCCGCGCGCCUGCCCCGGCGUCCUUGGCCCGCGGCCACCCUCCCCACCAGGCGUACUUCGCCGCGCCGCAGCCGUACAUGCCGCCCUACGGAUGGGUAGGACAGCCGUCGCAGCCGGGCGGGCUGCCACCGCUGCCCCGAUGCCGCCUGCGCCUUGGGAUCCGGCCCUCCUCGCCGCGCUGCACGCCGCUCCGACUCCGACCGCCUACGGCGGCGGUGGCGACCGGCACAUGGACACGGGCGCCUCUGCUCAUAUGGCUGCCCACCCCGGUACUCUUUAUACCUCCCGCCCCCGUCACCACUUCUACUCGCAUUACCGUCGGCAAUGGUUCCUCUCUUCCUAUCACCCAUAUAGGCCAUGCAUCUCUUCCGUCUUCAUCUACUCCCCUCUCACUGUCUAAUGUCUUAGUGUCUCCUAACCUCAUCAAAAAUCUUGUCUCUGUUAAACAAUUUACACGUGAUAAUCCUGUGACUGUUGAGUUUGACUUGUUUGGUUUCUCUGUCAAGGAUUCCCGAACCCGGAUGGUGCUCCUCCGAUGUGACAGUCCCGGCGACCUCUACCCCGUGCACUCCUCGCCUUCCACAUCCGCCGCCCCUGUCGCCCUCGCCACCGGUGUGGACCUUUGGCAUGCUCGCUUGGGUCAUCCCAACCCCCGCCACCCUUCGCCACAUUCUUAG